AUGUCGGAGGAGGAGACUCCUGCAGCUGCUGGCAUUAUUGUAGAGGAGGAUUACAACAGCUUCUCAUCAGACGACUAUAGUAGUAAUAGCAACAGCAGCAACAGCAACAGCAGCAGUGGCGAUGCUUUUGAGGAGCAUGAUGAUCUUAGCUCAAACUCAUCAGCAGAAGAUUUGACACUCUCAUCAACAUCGUCAUCAGAUGAACUAGAUGAUGGUCAUGUUCGCGACAUCUCUGUAUAUCAGACACCAAAGCACCAGCAGCAGCCACAACAACAGCAACAACAAUAUAUGCCAUCAAGUGAUGCUACAGCUAUAACAAAAUCACCAUUACAUCGUUCAAAGUUCGACCCAAUCACUCUGGUCGAGGAAUAUUCCUCCUCUUCACUCUCAUCAUAUGCCAACAGCAAUGCCUCAUUGUCGAACGAGAACAUCUUCUCUGUCAUCAAGGAGAUCGAGGACGCCGUCAACAGCUGCAAUUUGGCCUCGGCUGAGCAGCAACAACAGCAGUCGAUCCGCCCGCGCAAGUUGUCCAUCUCACAGACUACACUCCCCGUGAUGAUUCCGGGCUCCGCUUCCAUCCCUCCCAUUGCACUGUCUGCGUCGGCGCCAUCGCUGCCGCAGAGCGUCAACGUCAACAUACCCGCUUCCAUCACCCUGACCACGACGACCACCACCACAACUACAACCACAACUACUACCACAAUGAAACUACCCAACGAACAAUGUAAUACUACCAACAAUCAAACACCAACAUCCACACCAACCAAGGGCACACCAAAGUCCAAGAACAAACUGUUGGGUCUGCUGACAAAGAACAAGGACAAGUCGCGCACUGAUACUUCUUCGCCAUCACCUAUGGCCUCACCUACACCAGCCAUCAUCCCUGCCUCCCCCUCAUCAACAUCAAUCGCCUCAGAAGACAGUGACGAGCACAAGAAGGACGACAGCAUCAAGAAGAAGAAGUGGAACUUAUCUGUAAAUAGACCAAGGAUCAAGAAGCAUCCUACUGUACAUGAGAUAGUGCUGGAUAGGACAACGAUGUCACCAUCGUCGACGUCUGACGUUGAGUCAUCACCAGUGCGUCUGUCCCCAUCCAAGAGGGGCGGCAACAGCGCAGAGAGUAUUCUGACCAGAAGCCUCAACUUUGUAACCAAUCACACCGGUGGUGGAAACAAUCACAGCAAGCGCAACGAGGUCGUCGAGAGCAAGAACAAUUUGCCACAGGUCUUCUCUACGCCAACCUCGCCACCAAUGCACGCUGAUGCAUCACCAUACCGCCUGUCAUCCUCUGUUCCCAACACAAUGGACAGUCCACUACACUUUAAUCUGCCGCGCGAUGAUCUUGGCGAGUCGAGCAGUGGCAGCAGCAGCAGCGGUGGCAUCAGUGAGGAGGAGACACCAGUUGGCGGUCGAGGCAGGAGCAAUGCCUUUUAUCUACGCGGCCCACCACCAAUGGUCAAUGGGGAGUUCAAGAUGCCGCUCUUCCAGGAGAUGGUCAACAACAACAAACUGCCAUCGUCGCCACAUCAUAUACAAACUGGCAUUCCCUCGAUGCAUCCGGUUCCGGCCGUCCUGCCCAAGGACUCAUUUUCAUUGUUUUGCAAGCCCAAUGGCUUGCUGAGUAAGUUCAAGAAGAGCCAGCACUCUGCCACGAGCAAAGCUGGCAAGAUCAUCAAGAACCACUCGUACCGCUUCACCGUCGGAUUCGCCGACACGAUUGGCAGACGACCACACAUGGAGGACGAGUCUGUCAUCUUUGGCACAUUCAGGAAUCGCGUGGACGAGGACUACUUUGCGCUGUUUGAUGGACAUGGCGGCGCCGAGUCGGCCGCCUACGCCGGCAACGAGCUGCACAAGACCCUGGCCGACAAGCUCAAGUCGUCCAACCCGGUCAAGGCACUCAAGGAGACGUUCGCAUUGGUUCACAACCAUAUCUGCAACAACAAUGUGCGCGGUGGCACCACGGCGGUGGUAGCCCUGUUCAUUGGCAAGAAGGGAUAUGUGGCCAAUGUUGGUGACUCCCGUGCCGUGCUGUGCAGGGAUGGCAUUGCCUACCGUUUGUCGCUGGACCACAAGCCCAACCUGCCAAAGGAGGAGGAGCGAAUCAGAAGUCUGGGCGGCACAGUCAUCACAACGGUCAACGCGGCCGGUGUAGAGACCAGUCGCGUCAAUGGUCAAUUGGCAGUUUCCAGGGCACUUGGAGAUGCAAUCCUUGCGCCAUAUAUAUCAUGCGAACCAGAAGUCUAUGGUCCCAUCAAUCUCGAUUCACAAAACAGGAAUCAAUUCAUGAUCCUGGCCUGUGAUGGAUUAUGGGAUGUAAUGUCAGACGAAGAAGCAAUAAGCAUUGUUGCACCAAUUUCCGAUCAAGAGAAGGCGAGCAUCAAGUUGCGAGACACAGCUUUCUCUAGAGGAAGCACGGAUAACAUCUCGGUGAUGGUGAUCAAGUUCCCAACAUUUGACAUGUAA